CCCCGCCCCUCCGCUGUACUUCCAGCGCUGCCGGAUGACGCAACCACCUACGCAGCCAGGGUUUAACCCCUGGGCGAGCAGCUAAGCUCCGGAAGUGACGUAUUUUGUAGCGGCCGCCGGUGUGGCCCCACGUGGUGGCGGUAGCACAUCGCGGAGCAGGGGCUGCGCCCGGGCGGCCGCUUGGGGCCUGACAUGAACCCCUUCGCCUGGUACCCGCCGCCCCCGCCGGGGGUCCCCCCGCCCUUCUUCUGCCCGCCGCCCCCCUGGGAGCCCAGCUUCUGGGCUCCCCCUGGGCCUUACCCGCCACCCGGGCGCUACCCGCCGCCCAACUCCUACUCGCAGCCCACCGACAGCUACUCGCAGCCCGACAGUUACCCGCCGCCUGCCGAGAGCUACUCGCAGCCCGCCGAGAGCUACCCGCCUGCUGAGAAUUACCCGCAGCCCGACAGUUACCCGCCGCCCGCCGAGAGCUACUCGCAGCCCGACAGCUACCCGCCCGCCAAGAGCUACCUGCCGCCUGACGGCUACGCACCACCCACCGCCUGGUACCCGCCGGCCUACAGAGAGCGGCCACAGGGCCCACACGCUGGUGGAAAUGGCAAUUUCUCCCAGAAACAGCAAGGCGAGCAAGUACCUGGGUUUAAUAAACGUUUUCCAGAAGAAAAUAACAAGCCAAAGACCAAAAAGAAGAAAGAGCCAGUUUUCUCUCAUUAUUGUGAUACCUGUGACCGUGGCUAUAAAAACCAGGAGAAGUAUGACGAACAUAUUUCACAACAUAAACAGUGCACAGAAGAAGGUUGCAGUUUCAGCGCACAUGAGAAGAUAGUUCAGAUACACUGGAAGAAUGCACAUGCACCUGGUGCUAAAAGAAUAAAAUUAGAUAGUCCAGAAGAGAUUGCUAGAUGGAGAGAAGAAAGAAAAAAAAAUUUUCCUACAUUGGCAAACAUUGAAAAGAAGAAGGCGAUGCAGAUCCAGAAGGAAGAAAGGGGAGAAGUGCUGAUGACCCAACAGUUUGGCAAAAUGAAGGGGAUGUGGAAACCGCCAGAAAAUGAAGAGAGGCUUGGGCAGCAAGGAAGACAGAAGAGAAGACAAAGGCGCCCAUUCUGGAAGAAAUUUAGGAAAAAUGGUGGUGAUGAUAAUGUACAUAGAACUCAAAAUGAAGCCAACGGACCAGAAAACGGCACAUGUGAAAAGGAACACGAAAACCAGCGUGCUUUGGUGGCUCAGCCACAUGUGAAGGACAUGGACCCUCUUGGUCUUCUGGCAAACAGUGAUGUUGAAUCUGACAAGGAUGAAGCAGCCGCCGCCGAAGACAGGAGGCUGGGAUUGACUGUUGUUCCCAAGCAGGUCACCUCCGCCCUGAGUUCGUUGUCGGCCAACUAUGGCAGCGCGUCCGACAGCGAGCCUGAAGAAAUCCCUGUCAAGACUGCAACAAAAGCUGAGAAAAACCAGGCUGCGCUCAGAAAUACGCCUCAAACUACUCAUGUUCCUCGGAGUCGAAACCCGAAUCAAAAACGUCCAGAAUAUGCAGGCACGAUGUUAAGAAACUCGAAUUCAAAUGCACGUCCCCCCAGAGGGCCUGAUAACUGGGGCAAGAAAACAUUACCUCUCCUUCCGAAGCGCCGUCCAACUCUGCUGGAAAUGUUACUGGCCCAGGACAUCCGACAUGAAAGGAAUGUGAUUUUGCAGUGUGUUCGAUACCUCAUCCAAAAUAACGUGUUUGGACUUCAUUUUAAGACAGAACCACAAGCUGAAACAGAGACUGAACAGUCCUCUACAACUACGGCAGAGUCUUUGACGGACACACUCAAUGAAUCUAAUUGUUCUUGUAGCUCUGACCUUCAGUUAGCAGGAGGAGAAGAUGCAUUAUUAAUAGCCCAGGGUGAGAAAGCACCCGUGGAUCAGACUUCACAGAUGGCUCACUUGGCAGAUGAGGACACGUGGGAAACCCCGUCAAUUCAGUGUGAAGAAGCACUGUAGAGGAUGUCUGUUCUGGACAAUAAAAGCAAAGGCUUGCAUUUUCUACCUGACUGAUGCUUUUUGAAAGACAUCAGUAUAACAAAAUAAUCAUUAAAAUACAUACUGAGAGUUGUUAAAACCACUUUUCUGUUCCGUUCUGCCCGAGGUGGCCGUUUCCUUGAGAAAAAGGCAUCUGCGUUGAGUAAUUGCGUUCCCCCAUGGCAGAAAGGCAGCAGUGGCACAGAAUAUGACCUUCCCCAGAGUAGGUGUGGAUCCCCACUUUUGAGCUUCAGAGCUAUGAAUGUUUUACCUUGUUAUGAAGUAUGUGUCAGUCCAUCACCAGAACCAAGUAGUGUUGUAGUAGGAUGGAUCUUCCUCAUGUGAAGUCAUGGUCGGGCGUGUCUGGGAGUACCUGGGUGUCUUUAGAAGCAUUUCAGUGUACUUUUGAAAUGGUAAUCCAGUAGACUUUUUUCCCCAGCUGUUACUGAUAUAUCCAAUAAAAAUGUAAUAUGUCCAGUAUAAAAUGAAGAAAUGAAAUGGAAGAUAUAAUUGACCUGGCUCUAAAAGUACUGCUUGCACCAGGAGUCUCCUUCUCUCUGAACAAUUUAAUUUAACUGAGCAGAGAAAUGGAAGCGAGGGUGCAGACUGAUGCAAGAAGCCUUUUUGAAAAAUAAAGAUACAAUGACUGCUAAGUGCUUGCGUCAGUGCUAGGUUGCUGGUUGACCUCAGGUACUCAAUAUUAAGCCUUAGGCCUUAAUUGCUGUUACAGUCAAUCCCUGACAAAUUUAAGUUUUGAUGCAAACUCUUAGUAUUAGGAAUAUUGUCAAAGUUUGGAAAGCUUACCAAGAGUUACUGGUUUGUCCCUUUUUAAUAUGCAUUGGGAAUUUAUUAGUUGACCUGGGAGAAAUUCUUCCUUGGUACAUUGUUACGAUGCUCCUACAGCAUCCAUUGAUUUUUUUUUUAAUUUUUUUCCAUAGGUUUGUGCACACAUCCAUAGUGUUGUGAGCACUAAAAAAGCAUCAGCCAAGGUUUAGAAACAAGUGUAGUCUUUUGAUUACAUUGUGCAUUUGUCUGUCAGAAUCCGUUCUUGUCAAGGGCAGGUGUUAGUUUGUCACAUUGACACUGGAAACAUGCCAUGAAAAUAAUCUAUUAUCAAAACCUCCACUUCAGAAUCUGCUCUUUUAGUCAUGUUUAAAUGUUGGAGUUAAAUCUCAGGGACUGAUUUUAUUUUUUUGUUCUUUGGUAGAAGUCUAGCUUUCCAUUCCACCAUUUACAGAGGCUCACAUGGGGUUUUUUUUGUUGCCUAAUAACUGUAUUUUCUUCCCUCUAGUUCCUUAACUUGUGCCAUACAUCUCAUUUGUGGUGCAUAGAAAACAAGAAAUAGUUGAAAAUUGUGUCCCACUGCUCAGCUAUUUAUAGCUACGACUGCAUAUUGUGUUUCUAAUGCACUGUCUAAAUUUAUGGAAUUAUAUAAAUAUCAACACCCUUGUAAAAGUUGUGUGUCUCAAGAAUAUAUGUGCAGAAUAGAAGCAGUGAUCAUAAACAUUUAUAUUUGCAAGGCAGAUGAUUCAUUCUUCCCAUGAUGAUCCCACUUGCCAUCUCAAUCUCACUGACUUGCUUAUGGCUCUCACAGUUUUACUGCGAUGAAAAUACCAGCAAAGGACGCUAAGCCACGGAGAUCUGGCACUCGGGCAGAACCUGAUUUGAGAGUGAAGUGGUACCAGUGCUGUUGAAAGCAUGGGUAACAGCUGCAGGAAAAGAAAUGGAUGUCUUAGGAUUGCUACUAAAUUGCACUUUAAACAACCCUUAACAUGCUUCUGUCCCUGUCGAGUUGAUGGCAGAGCUUUUCUUUGACUGUACACUCUGAACUUGUGUUUAAAAAAAACCAAACCAAAAAACCUUUAAUCUGAAUUCUUUAUACUGUUGUCAUUAUGGCUGUAUAUUAAACUUUC